AUGAUCUAUUCAAAGCAAGAAUACUACACACCUGCAGAGGUCGCAAUCCAUAACAGUCCUAAUGACUGCUGGGUGUCUCUUAAUGGAAAGGUACUGGAUUUGACUUCUUGGUUGGAGAAGCAGCUAAAGCUCUGCAAAUGCACCAAAAGCUGCUCGUGCACCGUCAAGAACUGGUACUGCGGUGUCGACUGCAUUGAGUACUGCGCUUGUUUUAAAAGAGGGUACAUGUAUUGCGAUGCGAAAAGACUAGCAAUGACAAUAAUAGCAUAUGCCGGCAAGGACGUAAGCCACUGGUUUAAAGGUGAAGAAUGGGUGAAAUAUAUUCAUCCAAUUGUUGGUUCCAACAUUCCGUAUAUGCGCCAUGGCCAUGGCUUUAGACAGCCGGUCGUGCCGUCGACACGUUGGCGGCCCAUCAGCAAACCCUGGUGGCAAGACGAAAGCUUUGUGGUUGGGAAGUUAACUUCGAGGACCAGACCGAUUAGAAUCACCAAUACUUUAACAGGUUCAUCUGUGACGCUGGAAGUGUGUUCUGAGGAGACAAUAUAUCAAAUUAUGAUGCGUUACCUACCCUACAAUUCGCAUAUGCUCUCCUAUACUUGGCGCCAUCUAGGGAAGGGUCUCGAUUACAAUCGUACGCUCGAACAGAACGGAAUAGUUGACGAAAGGGAUUGCUUUAAUGACCUCGCGCUUCCUGAGAAUAUUUAUAUCCCUGAACUCCUGCUGUAUUAUAACGACGAUUUAACUGAAGACGGUGCAGAAAUCAGUCGGCUGUUGCAUGAUAUUAGCGAUGCAGAGAUUCAAGUGUCGGAGAGUGAAGCUGAAGAUAAUUUAUUAGAAGAUGAAGUACAGAGUUAUGCCGAAGACUAUGACGUGAGUGCUCCACCACUGGAAACCAAUCGUAAACUAAAAAUGUGUCUGAAAAGAAUCCUAAACCUCUUGAAAGUGCUUCUUCCAGUAUGUCGAUUUAUAUUAUCAUGCCACAUCGUCAAAAUCUCAGCGGCAGAAACGGUCAUAGUUAGACGGCCACUAAAGGCAGAAUAA